AUACCGGGAUGAUCUCCGUAUCCACAACGGAGAACUUCCCUAUUUUCCCUCGACACAGCCUCCUCGGAGUGACCUCCGGUCCUUCUGUUAGACCGCAGACAGCGUGAGAUCCGCACGUGGAACACCAUGAGUCGCUGGCGCACAGACUGCAUUGAGAAGCCCCUGUCCAGGCUGUUGAUGGCACUCGGCCGCGCCGUGGGCUCUCACCCCUGGCCUUUCUUCAUCCUCCCCAUGCUCAUCUCGGCAGCGCUCGGAGGGGGAUUCUACUUCCUCAAAGACAACGAGACGAACAACAUCGAGGAGCAGUUCACGCCGGUCGACGGACCCGCAAAGCUCGAGAGGACUUUUGUGAAGCAGAACUUCCCCCUCGAUGCGUCCGCCUUCUCCGUGCAGAGACUCUACAGCGAAGGGACGUUCGCAUCUCUCAUCGUCUCGCCGGUUCCUCCGGGCAACAACAUCCUGAGCGAAGAGGCGUUCGCGCAGAUCAUCGGCCUGGACGCGCUGGUGCGCAACCUGUCUGUGCGCGACGGGGGGCGCGAUGUCACCUUUGCCGAGGUGUGUGCGAAGGCGCGCGGACAGUGCGUGCAGAACGAGAUCCUGGAGAUGAUCGACUGGGACCCGGCGCAAAUAGAAAGGAGCCCCAUCGCGUUUCCCCAGCACAUGGUGCAGGGACGCGGCCUGGUUUUCCUGGGAAACUCGCUUGGUGGCGUGACGGUGAACGAGAGCGGCUUCGUCCAGAGAGCCGAGGCGCUGCGACUUUAUUACUUCCUCGAGGAGAACAGUGAGAUGCAGAUGGAAACGUCCUUAUGGCUCGACGAGUUUCUUCGGGUCUGUGACGGGUUGAGCGUGGAAAAAAUCAAGGUGUCGUAUUUUACAUCAAAAUCAAGAGAAGAAGAGCUUGACGCAAACAGUAAAGAAGUGAUCCAGUUAUUUUCAGCGACAUAUUUCUUGGCUAUUACCUUCUCAAUUGUAUCUUGCCUAAGGCUGGACAAUGUGCGGAACAAGGCGUGGGUGGCCACCGUUGGAGUUAUUACUGCUGGACUGGCUGUGCUCUCCAGCUUUGGGAUGCUGCUGUACAUCGGUGUUCCUUUCCCUAUGACAGUUGCUAAUGCUCCAUUCCUGAUACUUGGAAUUGGGGUUGAUGACAUGUUCAUCAUGAUAUCUAGCUGGCAACAAACAAAGGUCCACGAUGAGGUCAAGGAUCGUAUGGCACACACCUACAAAGAAGCAGCCAUUUCCAUCACCAUAACUACACUGACUGAUACCCUAGCUUUUUACAUUGGUAUUUUGACUCCAUUUUCUUCUGUUAAGUCGUUUUGCUUGUACACUGGUACAGCUAUUGUGUUCUGCUACAUUUACAAUAUCACAUUUUUUGGUGCAUUUUUGGCCCUGAAUGGAAGAAGGGAACACAGUAACAGACACUGGCUGACUUGCAGGAAGGUUCCAGUAGAAUCAUCACCAGAAAAAUCUGCCAUUUAUAGUAUCUGCUGUACUGGGGGCACUUAUGAUAGAAACACUGGGACAGAAGAAAUUCAACCAGUUAAUAAUUUCUUCCUGAAAUAUUAUGGCCCAUUUCUGACAAAGCCAUGGACAGUUUUCUUUGUGGUUCUCCUGUAUGCAGGGUAUUUGUCUGUAAGUAUUUACGGGUGUUUCCAGAUUAAGGAAGGAAUAGACCUAAGAAAUUUGGCAGCAGAUGAUUCCUAUGUUGUUAACUAUUAUAACGAUGAAAAAGAGUACUUUACAGAAUACGGCCCAAAUGUCAUGAUAGUUGUAACAGAUGAAUUUCCAUACUGGAAUAAAACAGCCAGAGUUAGUCUUACCAGGAGUUUAGAAAAGUUUCUGAACCUACCAUUCGUUGAUAAAAGUUUGUUUUUGUCCUGGCUGGAUAAUUAUGAAUUGUAUGCAAAUUUGACUUUGUUAGAUAUAAGUGAUGAAACUACGUUUAAAAUUAACUUACCUCAAUUCACUAAGUUAAAUUACUUCAAACAAGAUGUCAAUUUCACUAAUAAUGAGAUUUAUGCUUCCCGCUUCUUUAUACAAACAGUAAACAUAACUAAUGCUGUUGAUGAAGAAAACAUGUUGAAUAAGCUACGAGACACUGCUAAGGAAGCUUCAGUUGAUGGUCUUAACUUUCUGGUUUACCAUCCUGCAUUUAUUUAUUUUGACCAGUAUGCUGUUGUUGUGGACAACACCAUUCAGAACAUCCUUCUGGCCACAGGAGCCAUGCUGGUGGUGUCCCUCUUAUUGAUACCAAAUCCCCUGUGCUCCCUGUGGGUUACAUUUGCCAUCGCAUCUGUCAUUGUGGGUGUAGCUGGAUUCAUGGCACUGUGGGAUGUUAACCUGGACUCUAUAUCGAUGAUUAAUUUGGUGAUCUGUAUUGGCUUUUCGGUGGACUUCUCAGCUCACAUUUCUUAUGCUUUUGUCUCCAGCACCAAGUCAAGUGCAAAGGAAAAAGCCAUAGAAGCCCUUUUUACUCUUGGCUACCCUAUUGUUCAGGGAGCUGUUUCUACCAUUCUUGGGAUAGUUGUAUUGUCUGCAGCAAAGAGUUACAUUUUUCGGACUUUUUUUAAAAUCAUGUUCUUGGUUAUCUCAUUUGGAGCAAUUCAUGGCAUUACUUUUAUUCCAGUUUUCAUGACUGUAUCAGGAAUCUGCAGCAGCAAGGACAAAGUCAAAGCGAAUUCAGUGAUAGCAUGA